UUGCAGCCGUCAGUCAACCCUAGUGUCUCGAUGUUCUUCUUCCUUCACCCCAUUAGCUUGUCUCUCUCUAUAGUCACCUCGCAUUACAAAAAAAAAAGGGUAGAUUUCAGAUUUUAGCAUCGUCCCCCCGUUUCACUUGAAUCCACCAUGGGAAAAAGAGAAAGGGAACAUGAGGAACCUGAGGCGAAGGAGGAUUCUAAGAACAUGGAUCAGAUGGAUAAAGUUUUGGAGCAUCUUAAGAAACAACUUACCGAGGCAAACAAGCUUUUGCUAACCAUGGCAGACACAAACUCCUAUAGGCUUGUGAAGUCCGGUAAGGAUGUUGGUGAAAUUGUCUUAACCUGGAGACUUAAGAGGCCCGAUUUCGUUGCUGAGCCGAUCAUUCAAACAGAUGAUGAUUGUUGGGCCCAUGCCUUGGCUGGAGGAAUGACUGCAGCAAUGAAACAACUGGGACGUACUGGAAAUUUUCCCACAGCAGAGGAGCUGAUAUCUCGGAUCGAUGCCAAUCUUCUUUCGGCGACAAAAGCAUUGCCCAGGGUUGAAGAUGCUGCGCCUAUGCUUCGUCAAUACUAUAAUUGUGAAUUAGUUGUCCAUCACCGUCCAAAGCUGAGUCUUGUUGAGAAGAACAAAGACUUCGAGAAAUUCAUAGAGAGGCGACUAGCUACAGGUCAAGUAGCUAUGUGCUUUCCUUAUUUGGCUGGUUAUGCUCGUUUCAGUCAAGAUUUGCCAACUGAAAAAAAGAAAGCAGUUUUCCGUCCAAGCGUUGCUGAUAUCCAGCAAUUGCGUAACGAGAAGAUAGAUGAUCAUUGCUCGGUGAUAACUGGGCGCGGAAUGGUCCUUAAGAAUGGUGAGUUGGUCGAAUUCUUUGAGAUCCAAGAAACCAGAGGUAAAUAUUUUGCUGAUGGAGGUUGUACUCGAUUGGAACGCUACAAGGGGAUCGUUACCGAAGUUUAUGAAUUUAAGUUUCUUUGAUCAUGCGGAAGAUGUCAACUAAGGAGGAUCCUAAAGAAUGUCAACUAAGGAGGAUCCUAAAGAAUUUUAAAUUGUUGUUUAAUGGUAGUAUGAUAGUGUUUUAAAAUACUUGCACUUCUUUUUGCCUUUCGAACGAUGCAGUUCUGUAAACACUUUUUUCUGUCCUCCAAAGCUAUUAUGCAAACUUACUAUUGCGAUAUGUUUUCACCU